AUGUUAGAUUUCAUGGAAAGUGUUCAGAAUGCGUUCUAUGAGGCAUCGCACUGGAAUCUCGACAAUUCGUAUGGCGCAUUGAACGCAACGGCACGCGCAUUGCUUGAUUUCCAAACACCCAAAGGCCUGCGGCUGCAGAUAUCGUCGCUCGCUGCUCCGAAUUUCGCUACAUCAUACACGCUGGGGAAUGUCGGCGUAGUGGAUGGCUCUGUCUCUUACCUUUAUUCGUCGUUACCGCUGCACAGGAAGCUGAAAAGCGCCGAACUCGACCUGCACCAUGUAGUAAGGGGGUACCGCCAUCUGCAAGAACUACGUCGACCGGAUGAGGAGUGGUGGUCGGAGAUAUGGCACAAUGGAAAGCGCAUAGACCAGAAAGAUACACUGCUCUAUGGCCGCAUAUUCCUCCCCCAGUCCAGGCUAGAGGCCCUUUACUUACGUCGCGUCACCCCGACCAGACAGUUACGAGUCUCCGCUGUCAGCGACUCCGCCCUGAACAAUGGCGGCACAAUCCUUACAUUACUGCAAAACGAUACCGGAAAGUAUAGCACCGAAUACAUGUACAGUACUGAUUCUGCUCUCAUGGGAUUGCGAGGGCUGUACAACUUCGGAGCCGAUCCUAGAGUUACGCCUACGAAUCCAAUCACCACCACACCAUCAACGUCCGAAAUCGUGCAUGGGCGCUUCAGUGCGGGAGCGGAACUCUACUACGGCCUUUUGAAUAAGAGUGGUGGUAUAAGCACCGGCUUACGUUUCACGACUCUGCCUGACCACACAGGAUUCCCGUAUACGAUGACACUCACCCUAAAUCCCCUGAUGGGAAAUCUCUCGUCCACAUAUGCCGUCAAGGCUGGUCGCAAUCUUGCACUCUGUUCACGGUUCGAUUUCAACUUUUACUCGUAUGAAAGUGAGCUGCAGCUUGGAUGCGAACUAUGGCGGCGGCGUCGGAGCACAGGGGUUGAGUGGGCUGUGAAGAAGAUGCAUUCGGACCGGGAACGAGCGACAGAUGCACCCGAUGAUGACGUUUCCGGCAUUCUGAAAGCUCGAGUGGAUCAAGCCUGGCGCAUUGGUCUGUUGUGGGAGGGCCGCAUAAAAGAACUGAUGUUCACAAUUGGCGCAAGCCUCGACUUGAGGAAAAGGGAGCAGGUCUUUCGAGCUGUCGGUGUUGAAUUACAAUACUCGUCCUAA